CGUAAGGAGCAAACAGUGCAUAAAAUGCUCUUACAGGUGCUCGUGCCAUGUUUGGCACUACUGAGGCUAACUGCCGCAGGUUACGUGACAGUUCCGCUGCAUAGUCCGGCCAGUGUGACGUAUGUGAACCCGCAACAGCACGCCGGCUUAUUGGCCGGUCCGGUACGAUAUACUUCUGGCACACAGGCAGCUCUCGUUCCGGCCACCGUUGUUGAGGGACGUUCGGGUGCAGUGUCGGUAACAUCAGCACCGGCACCUACCUACUAUACCUACAACUUACAACCUCAGCCCGUGUUCGGCAAGGCAAGCUACACUCCGGCCGUCCAGUAUCACACCACGUACGGAAGUCCGUCGGUGCGUGUCUUCGAACCGAAAACCUUCGUGUACGGCGUGCAGGGUGGCUCCAAUGUCCCAACGACACACACUGUACAAUCGGUCCCUGUUUCGGUAUCAACUACCGAGUAUCAUCACACAUCGGCUCCCAUUCCCGUACCGGUGACUCCUGUUCCACAUCAUCACGAUCAUUCGGUGGCUGUGCCCGUACCGACACCCGUUCCCGUGCAUGUGCCCGUUCACGUACCGGUUCCGGUACCGGUAACACCAACGUACACCAAAACUGUGACCACCGGUCCGUCCUACAUUCCUCCCCAGGAGAAACAAAUCCCGGUGGUGCGUUCGCGUAAGUUCAAGGUGCGACGUCCAGCCAUACAGAACCAGUUCUACGAUAUUGAGGAACGUGUCAUUAUUCGCCCGGUUGGCUCUGCGCUGGUCGAGCUAGAGCAACCAGUCUCGCAAACGGAAACACAGUCAAAGACGACCAAAACAACCACCACGUUCGUGGAGAAGCGUCCAGUUUACAGUCCACCAGCUCCGGCUCCAGAAGUCCAUAUCACGGACGAAGGCUAUGGAACACGUACCAUUGCCAGACCUCAGGUCGUCACACAGACUACCACGGUGUACACGGAACGACCUCCACUAAAGGGUGGAUACGAUCGCAUUGAAGAAGCCUCCCAGUCCAGAAAGUCUGCUGCUUCCACCAGCAAAGCGUCAGAUGCUGAGUAUAUCGAUACGGAACACGCCAACACCCCGUCCGAGAGACCCUUCUACACGCAGGGACAUGCCAUCUACCAUCCGCAAACAGCCUUCGUCAAUCCGUAUGCGACCCAUUUAGCGCCCCAUCCCCUCGUGUACUAUCCAUCCAAUGCUGGACAUCUGCUGCACCAUGUAGCGCACGGUGACCAACACUCCCCGGCGCUUGUAGCAACGCAUCCGAGUACGGCACAUCCUGGCACGGUCUUUCACAUACCCUCGUCAACUCCACUCUACCCUGUAACACCCGCCGCAGGCUCGUCAACUCCACUCUACCCUGUAACUCCCGCCACAGGUGGAGAUUGUGAUGGUGGAAAAACCCCGGAAUAUCUGCCACCUUCUGUUCAUACACCGUCACCAACUACACCGGCACAACCACCGGUAGCUACUACGACACCAAAACCUCCGAUCACUGUGACUCCUGGAUCUUACCCAGCUGAUGACAUUGCGGAUGACGAGUACGAUGAUUCGAUCGUGAUCGACGCACGCAGUGGUGUGAACAACUACUCCGACUACACGCCGACGGAAUCGGAUUAUGGUGAUGUUACGGUGACGGCAGCCACAACGACUUCCAGCACUCCACUCGUCUAUCAUCACGACAAGUACCGAGGAGCCGAACAGACGGAGACCCGACUCGGAGGUACUUCUUCGAUCGAGGUAAGCUACGCCUCCCGUGCUACUCCAGCCAGUGACAUCGUUGCGUUCGAUCCCUCGACCACGUCUGGUGGAUUUGAUUUUGGAACAACCUUCCGUGGAUCGUUCCCCACGACAACUAUCGCACCAAACCCUACCACCAUCCGCCAGACGAUCGGUUCCUCCAGCUCAACGGCUAGCAACACACCUCAGCGCUCCAGCGUAACGAUUAUUGCCUCUACCACGCCAAGAACCGUAGCGGCACGGUUCAGCGAAACGGAUGCUUCUUCCUCUCUGACCACAUCCGAACAUAGGGAAUAUACGUCACACAGUGCCGCCACCUCUGGGAUUACCUCACAAUCAGUCGUUGUCGGACAGGGAUUGACUCAGGAACAGAUCCACGCGAAUCAGGAACAAUUCAUUAAGCUUCUCUCCGAACGCGACUCAAUCGCGGAGGUUGGUUUUGGACCGAAAACCGACACAUCCGGUACGCUGAUCGAUGCGUACGUACGUAGCCGUGUGCUCUCGGCUACCCCAGCACCGCGUGAUGCAAAGGAAACGUCACGCACCGUCAACAUCCGGCGUAUCGUCGUAUCACGUCCAGUCGAAACGGAACAGGAGGUUGAGGUGAGGGAACAAUCGUACGCGACCACUAUUGGGCCGCCACUGUAUGAUCAUGAGCACAAGCGGGAUGUAAGCGACGUUGCCGGGCCAGAAGGUGUUGAUCGUCAGCCACAGCAGCCACCGAUGUACGUUAACGCUAAACCACCAGCGUUUGCCAAUGAUCGAGAUCAGUAAGUUUAGGGAAAUUCGUUUAAUCCGUUCAUCACGAGAGGCAAUACCAUUUAAUGCACGUAACGAAACGGACGGCCCUUUGCUUUGCUAUAUGCCGUUUUUGUUAUAAUUGUUCAGUAUGUUUUAAAUAAAUAUUUAUUUUUAUUAAAAAUGUAAAAAAAUAUGCACGUGUCUUGCUUUUUCAAUAUUUGAAUGUUCCAAAAUGGCUUCACACAAUUUCGUCCCAUAAAAAAAUGUUCCUUAUCUAAUCGAGAGUAGAACCCAGGCCGGAGCUGUGUGUUGAAUUUGUACUAAAUGAUCUGGCUUCGAAAAAAAUGUUUCGAUAACAUUUUUAAUGUUAUAUGUUUUAUAAAAGCGACGCGCAAGAUAUCACAAUUUUUAUUGGAAUUAAUAAAAAAACUACACUCAAGAGAUAAAAAAUUACUUUGUUUAAAUAAAAAAUAAAACACAAUUAAAUGAAUGAAAUAUUUUACAGAUUAUAUUACUGUCUUUCUGGUGCAAAAUUU